CAAUUGCACAGCUCUGGUUGCUUAAAAGAGCUGGCGCGGAGAGAGGCUGGGGAGAGCCCACGGGGAGACCCGCAGACACAUAGAUACGGAGACAGAGGAGAGAGGCUGAGACAAAGGCACAGGAGAAGGAGGCAGAGGCAGGGCAAGCAGGGAGGCGCAGCCAGACAGAGUCCUACAGAGGGAGAGGCCGGAGAAGCGUGGGCGGGAGAGACAGAGGAGGGAGCAGGAGGAAAGUUUGGAGAAGCGACCCCUGAGCAGCUCUCACAAGUAGAAGGGUUAAGUUUUUUUGUCUCCUGUGAAGGUCUUCAUCUCCUCUUGGCACAAGGGAGCCCUAAACUUACACAGGCACUUUCUACAGCUAGGGUGUGGAGGACCUGGUGCCUCCAGAUAGCCUCUGUCCCUGCCAGCCGGAGCCCCUGUGCCAUGUCCCUUACAGGCUCACGUUCCGGGAGGGGCCUGGCCAGAUGCAGGCUGUGGAGCGUCCAACUCCGCCCGCUGCCCCCCGCGGCACCGCUCUCAGGGCUGGUGUGGCUGCUGCCGCUGCUGCUGCUGCUGGUCUCCCUCCUGCCCUCUGCCCGGCCGGCCAGCCCCCUCCCGCGGGAGGAGGAGAUCGUGUUUCCAGAGAAGCUCAACGGCAGCGUCCUGCCUGGUUCAGACGUCCCGGCCAGACUCUUGUAUCGUUUGCCUGCCUUUGGGGAGACGCUGCUGCUAGAGCUGGAGCAGGACCCUGGCGUGCAGGUCGCGGGGCUGACUGUGCAGUACCUAGGCCAGGCGCCUGAGCUGCUGGGCGGAGUGGAGCCGGGCACCUACCUGACUGGCACGAUCAAUGGAGAUCCUGAGUCGGUGGCAUCUCUGCACUGGGAUGGGGGAGCCCUACUAGGGGUGUUGCAAUACCGAGGGGCUGAGCUCCACCUCCAGCCCCUGGAAGGGGGCACCCUUAACUCAGCUGGGGGCCCGGGGGCGCACAUCCUUCGCCGGAAGAGUCCUGACAGCGGCCAGGGUCCCAUGUGCAACGUCAAGGCUCCUCCUAGGAGUUCCCAUCCCAGCCCUCGAAGAGCCAAGCGCUUUGCUUCACUGAGUAGAUUCGUGGAGACCCUGGUGGUGGCCGAUGACAAGAUGGCAGCAUUCCACGGAGCAGGCCUAAAGCACUAUCUGCUGACAGUUAUGGCGGCAGCAGCCAAGGCCUUCAAGCACCCAAGCAUCCGCAAUCCUGUCAGCUUAGUGGUGACUCGACUAGUGAUUCUGGGGUCAGGCCAGGAGGGGCCCCAAGUGGGGCCCAGUGCUGCCCUGACACUACGCAGCUUCUGUGCCUGGCAGCGGGGCCUCAAUACCCCCGAAGACUCGGACCCUGACCACUUUGACACAGCCAUUCUGUUUACCCGUCAGGAUCUGUGUGGGGUCUCCACUUGCGACACACUGGGUAUGGCUGAUGUGGGUACUGUGUGUGACCCGGCUCGGAGCUGUGCUGUGGUGGAGGAUGACGGGCUCCAGUCAGCCUUCACUGCUGCUCAUGAACUGGGCCACGUCUUCAACAUGCUUCAUGACAACUCCAAGCAGUGCAUCGGUUUGAAUGCGCAGGGAAGCACCUCCAACCAUGUCAUGGCUCCUGUGAUGGCUCACGUGGACCCGGAGGAGCCCUGGUCCCCCUGCAGUGCCCAAUUCAUCACUGACUUCCUGGACAAUGGCUACGGACACUGUCUCUUAGACAAGCCAGAGGCUCCUCUGAAUCUGCCUGUGACUUUUCCUGGCAAGGACUAUGACGCUGACCGCCAGUGCCAGCUGACCUUUGGGCCUGACUCACACCACUGUCCCCAGCUGCCACCGCCCUGUGCUGCUCUCUGGUGCUCUGGCCACCUCAAUGGCCACGCCAUGUGCCAAACCAAGCACUCACCUUGGGCCGAUGGAACCCCCUGUGGGCCCGCACAGGCCUGCAUGGGUGGCCGCUGCCUCCACAUGGACCAGCUCAAGGACUUCAAUGUUCCACAGGCUGGUGGCUGGGGCCCUUGGGGACCAUGGGGCGACUGCUCUCGGAGCUGUGGGGGUGGUGUCCAGUUCUCCUACCGGGACUGCACAAAGCCUGUCCCCCGGAAUGGUGGCAAGUACUGUGAAGGCCGUCGCACUCGCUUCCGCUCCUGCAACACCCAGAAUUGCCCAACUGGCUCAGCAUUGACCUUCCGUGAGGAGCAGUGUGCUGCCUACAACCAUCGCACUGACCUCUUCAAGAGCUUCCCGGGGCCCAUGGACUGGGUUCCUCGAUAUGCUGGUGUGGCCCCCCGGGACCAGUGUAAGCUCACCUGCCAGGCGCAGGCACUGGGCUACUACUAUGUGCUGGACCAACGGGUCAUAGAUGGGACCCCCUGUUCCCCAGACAGCUCCUCAGUCUGUGUCCAGGGCCGCUGCAUCCACGCUGGCUGUGACCGCAUUAUUGGCUCCAAAAAGAAGUUUGACAAGUGCAUGGUGUGCGGCGGGGACGGCUCUGGCUGCAGCAAGCAGUCUGGCUCCUUCAGAAAAUUCAGGUACGGAUACAACACCGUGGUCACUAUCCCCGCAGGGGCCACCCACAUCCUUGUCCGGCAGCAAGGGCCCCCUGGCCCUCGGAGUAUUUACUUGGCCCUGAAGCUGGAAGAUGGCUCCUAUGCCCUGAAUGGUGAAUACACACUGAUGCCCUCCCCCACAGACGUGGUACUGCCUGGGGCAGUCAGCUUGCGCUACAGUGGGGCCACUGCAGCCUCAGAGACACUGUCAGGCCAUGGGCCGCUGGCCCAGCCCUUGACACUACAAGUCCUGGUGGCUGGCGACCCACAGAACGCUCGCCUUCGGUACAGCUUCUUCGUGCCCCGGCCAGUCCCUUCCACACCACGCCCGCCUCCGCAGGACUGGCUGCACCGCCGGGCACAGAUUCUGGAGAUCCUCCGGCGGCGCCCCUGGGCGGGGAGGAAAUAACCUCACCAUCCCGGCUGCCCUUUCUGGGCGCCGGGCCUCGGACCCAGCUGGGAAAAUGAGGGGGGCUUCUGCCACUGCCUCACGCCUUUAAGACACAGUGGGGAGGGGCUGUGGGGUGUGGCCUGCCCCUCCUCUCUGGCCUGCUGUGCAGGCUGGCCCUGCUCUGGUCUUCUGCCCUGGGGGGCAGGGAUAGACUAGUGCAGGAAAGGGGCUAGGAGACAGUCUCCUACCUACGCUGUCCCCUCUUCCCUGCAGGCCACAGGUGGCAGGGGGGAAGGCAGGGUGGGUCCUAGGCCCCAGUUGUAUUUAUUAAGUAUUUAUUCACUUUUAUUUAGCACCAGGGAAGGGGACGAAGACUAGAGUCCUGGGGAAACUGACCUCCACCCCUCAUAGCACUCACCCUGGCUUGGAAAUCCAGGGUAGUAAUGACAAGUGUAAGUGGGGUGUGUGUGUGUGAAGAUGUGUGUGUGUGUAAAGGUAUGUGUGUGUGUGUGAAGAUGUGUGUGUGCUUAUGUAUGAGGUACAACCUGCCCUGCUUUCCUUUCUCUGAAUUUAAUUUGCUGGGAAAGGAAAAGCCAAGGGUAGGAUAGGCCUUCAGGGAGUGAGAUUAUCAUAUUUGUAAGCUAUGUGUUGAACUCUGCUAUUUAUGUGCUCCUUUUGAGUCAGAUGGAUGUGGAUUGCAUCUUAGCUCCAUGAUUCUGAGCAUUAGUUUUCUAAUUUUCCAAUAAUAAUACCUCUUUAGAGAUUCAUUGUUGUGUGGAUUAAAUAAUGUAAAUAAAGAACUAGCACAAUGCACGGCACUUGGUAGGUGCUCAACAAACA